AGUUUUUUGCAUUAUUUAUGUUUGUUUGUCAUUUGCUAGUUUUUGCAUUAUUUAUGUUUGUUUGUCAUUUACUAGUUUCUGUUAUGCUCCUUACCGAGUUCUCAAGAGACUUGGUAUCACUCAUCCUCCAGUGAGACCUUUCAUGGGAAAUGCAUUACAAAUAUUGAAACUGGGCAUAAUUAGUCUUAUGAACAAGUUGAUUUCCGAGAACAAUAAUAAAGUGUUUGGAAUUUAUGUGGGGGCAAUGCCUAAUAUUGUAGUUGCUGAUCUCGACCUCAUUAAAGAGAUAACAGUUAAACAAUUUGGCAAAUUUACCAAUAAUCUGAAAGAGACUUCUUUGACAAUGGAAAUACGUAAAAAUAUCAACAUGGGGCCUGGCUUGCUAUUUGCUUUUGAUGAAGAGUGGAAGUGCGUUCGACAAAUUGUGACACCAACUUUCUCAAGCAAAAAGCUAAAACUGAUGAUGCCUCUGGUUGAAAGAAAGUGUGACACUCUAAACAUUAUAUUGGAAGAGAAAUGUGCAAAAGGAGACAGCUUUGAUAUACACCAUUUGUAUGCCCAGUUCACUUUGGAGACUAUGCUUGCUGUAGCUUUUGGUUCUGAAGUGAAUUUACUGAAAGGAGAGGGGAGUUUACUGACAGAGGCAGUCGCUGGAUUAUUUAAUGAUUUGAGUGAAUCUAUCAUUACCUGGGAGGGAUUAUUUCACUCUCAUUUUCCAAGUCUUUUGACAUUUGUCAGUAAAAUUGGUGCUAGAUUCUUGCCACUAAGCAGGCACUUAAAAUACUUGAAGGAUACCUCAAUAGAAAUCAUUAAAUCAAGACGAGGAUGGAAUGAUGACGAAAAGGUAUGGCAUAUAACACCUCACUUUGCCCUUAUCUAUGCAUAA